AGACAACAAGGACAACAAGGACAACACUCCAAAGGAUAUCGAUAGUAACGACUCGCAUCUAGCCUACGGUAAUACACACCACACUAGACAGCAAAUCAACCAAGAACCAAUUGCCUUGAUAUUGAAAUCGAUAGAUUCGUCCCGCAACAAACGCAUCAAACGCAACAAACCGAACCAGCAAUACGAGACACAGCUUGGACAAAAGAACACAACAACAACAACAACAACAACAACAACAGCAACAGCAACAAUAGCAUUCGAAUCGAAACCAUGACCGACCUUCAAAUCAUCAACGAACAGAACGGGACCAGCUACGGGCGCCACCUCAAGCCCGGGGAGGUCUCGACCGGAACGACCAUCCUGGCGCUCCCCUACGACGGGGGCAUCGUCGUCUGCGCCGAUUCCCGGACCUCCACCGGGACCUACGUGGCCAACCGCGUCUCGGACAAGCUGGUGCAGAUCUCGGAACAGAUCUACGUCUGCCGCAGCGGAUCCGCCGCCGACACGCAGACGCUGACGGACUACGUCCACUACUAUCUCAACCAAUGGAGGCAAGUCCGCGGUUUUUGUCGUUUGGUCCAGGGCGUUUUUGUGUGGUGUGUUGGGGAUGCGUGUUUGCUGGGCCGCGCCGGAUGCUGCCUUUUCCGAAAGCGAAUGAUCGAGGGAAGGCCGGAGGGUGGAUUCCCGCAAUCGAAAGAGUGCCUUCCGUGCAUGAUCCUUCGGUUCGGUUUCCGUUUGGCAUUCUUCUCACCAACUUUUUUCCUCUUGUUGCCAUUUCUGCCUUGCCUGAUAUCUGUUGCCACUCUUCUUGGAUUCUCACGGAAAUCGAUCCUUGAUCCUUGAAUGGCCGGCACCACAAAACAAUACAAUACAAAACCACAAUACCACAAUACCACACAACAACCCAUGAAACACGAACCAACAACAAUACCAAACCACCGGCUUUUUCUUCUUUGCGUCGUUCCAACUCGCGGCGUUCCGACUCGACCACCCAACGAAUUAACACACACUGCCCCGCGACAUCCACAGCCUCGACACGGGCCGCCAACCCACGGUCAAGACGGCCGCCCACCUGAUGCGCCGCCUCAUUUACAACAACAAGGACCGGCUGAUGGCCGGUGUCAUUGUCGCGGGCUGGGAUCCCGUCGACGGGGGCUCGGUCUACACCAUCACCCUGGGGGGAUCCUGCCUCAAGCUCCCCUUUGCGACCGGCGGGUCCGGGUCCGUCUUCAUCGCCGGGCUCCUGGACGCCGAAUACCGCACCGGGAUGACCAGGGACGAGGCGAGGGCCCUUGCGAAGAAGGCCUGCAGCCACGCCAUGGCGAGGGACGGGUCCUCCGGGGGCGUCGUCCGAACGGUGGCCAUCGACGCCUCGGGUGUCGACCGGGACUACACGCCCGGRAACAGCCUUCCGUUCGGGCCCGCGCCGACCUGGAACUGAGCGCUGGAACACCCGUGCAGCACUGGGCAUUGGCCGCUGGCCACGGAAAACGAAAAAAGUACGAAUGAUAACAAACAUAGAACGAUUGU